AUGACUGUCCCUGUUCACUCCGACGAGCCUCAGCAUCCUGUUACUGAAAUCCUCAGUCAAUGGGUCGCAAACCUCGACCUGGAUGCUGUUCCCAUUGCUGUGCGCGAACGGGCUAAACAUCUGAUUCUCGAUGGGAUCGGUUGUGGAUUGGUCGGCGCGCGUGCUCCCUGGUCACGCACCGCCGUCCAAAGCAUCAGUGAAUAUGAACCAGCGGGGUAUUGUCGCAUCCUGGGCCAGAAUCAGAAACACGGUCCACUAGCCGCCGCCCUCGCCAACGGCGCUUUCAUUCAAGCCAUGGAACUCGACGACUACCAUAGCCAAGCCCCGUUGCAUUCGGCUAGUAUUGUCCUCCCUGCGCUGUUCGCUGGUGUAGAGGCUCAGAAGAACCGUGCUGGACAUGAUCCCGUUGCUGUUUCUGGGGCUACAUUUCUACUGGCUGCGGUGGCUGGAUUCGAGACGGGUCCACGUGUCGGCAAGGCCAUGUAUGGCUCGGAUCUGCUCUCGCGCGGAUGGCAUUCCGGACCGGUAUUCGGGUCACCGGCGAGUGCAGCGGCCACGGGGAAGUUGUUCGGACUAGCGGCCGAGGACAUUGAGUCCGCGAUGGGAAUCGCGUGUACGCAGGCCGGCGGGCUCAUGUCAGCGCAGUAUGAAGGAAUGGUCAAGCGGAUGCAGCAUGCGUUUGCGGCACGGAAUGGUCUGCAGGCGGCGUUGUUGGCGCGAUCAGGGUAUCAGGGGAUGAAGAAGGUGUUGGAGCGUCCGUACGGAGGGUUCCUGGCGAUGUUUAGUGCAGGGAAUGGACGAUCCCCUGCGUAUAAUAUCGAAGAGGUGGUGAGUGGACUGGGAAGUGAUUGGCAGACGCAGGUGAUUCGGUUCAAGUUGUAUGCGUGUGUUGGGGGAUGUCAUGGGCAGAUUGAGGUGUUGCAGCGCAUGCAGGAGAGUCAUCCGGAGAGGUUUGCAGAGAACAAGUUGGACGAGAUUGAACAGAUUACAGUGUAUCUGUCGGCUCCGAUCUAUGCGCAUGAUGGCUGGCAGCCGGAAAGGCCGAUUACGGCUACCGGGGCGCAGAUGAGUGCAGCGUAUAUUGGGGCGGUGCAGUUGGUGGAUCGUCAGGUGUUGCCGGCGCAGUUUGAGGAGGCGGCGCUGGACCGUGAGGAGGUGUGGAAACUGGCAAGAAAGACGAUUUGUCGUCAUAGUGCCGAGUUCGACAAGCCGGAUCAUAUUUGUGGUGCGCGCGUGGUGGUCCGGUUCGCAGAUGGGUUUGAGCUGGAGGAGGCCACGCCUUUUCCGAAGGGAUACGAUCCGCCGUUGGAUAAUGCGGAUAUUCGGGACAAAUUCCGCCGGUUAGCGGGUUCGGUGUUGGAGGCGAAAAGAGUGGCGGCGAUUGAAGCCAAGGUGCUGCAGUUGGAGGAGUUGGACGAUGUCGAGGAUUUGUUAGUCUUGCUGGGGUAG